AUGCUUGUAUCCAUCCUCGCACUCGUCACUUUUUCUUUAGCCUGUGCGGUCUAUAGACGAUGGAGAAGAAUCUCAAUAUCUGACGUUCCCGGUCCGGAAUGCAAGUCGUUCUUAUACGGAAACUUACCUGAAUUCCUUGGAGGUCAAGCUGGCGAUAUGAGGUUUCUUUUCGACGUUGUCUAUACGGACUUCGAAUGGCGGGAUAAAUAUGGAGACGUAUUCAAGAUUCGGGGGCCGUUAGGCGCUAUUCAAUAUAUAUAUCAUACCGCGAGUUACAGAUUUCCCAAAGCCGAAGGGAGACGUCAAAUUUCACACUUAUUAUUCGGACCUGGUCUUUCUAACGUGGAUGGUGACGUUCAUAAGCGCCAGCGCAAAGACAUGCUUCCAGGGUUUGGUGGUCCAGAAUCGAAAGCCUUCAGUCCCGAUGUUCUCUCAGUGUGCCGAGAAGGUUUGAUCGGAUACUUGGAUUCAGGUGGCGCUACUCAUCUCAGCGCAGACCAAUCUAUCGUCCUAGACGUUACUUCCUGGAUAUCUAGGGCCACUCUGGAUGCGAUUGCUGCAUUUGAUUAUUCUUUCGGCGCUCUGGACGACUCUGAUAAUCAAUUAACGAAGGCUUAUGCCAAUCUAUUUAGUUUUGAUAUCUUUGGUAUACCGACAGAGGCCGCAAUUCUUUCCCUCUCAGUCAUGGAUCAUUUACCACCGGCUAUGGUUGCCUUUCUGAUGCGGAAUUUUCCUGGUCGUCUAUCCCACGGUUUGCUGACCAACAAGCUCUCGACUGCCAUUGCCAAAGAUUUAGGGAAAGGCCGGAGAGAUAUUAUGAGCCUGCUCGUCGAGGCGAACGCGUCUGAGAAUGCGAAAACUAGAUUGCCUCCACGCGAGCUAUUUGCUCAGAUGAAUACUAUAAUUCUGGCUGGACAUGAGACGACCUCCAAUACACUCUGCUUUGGUCUUCUGGAAUUUUGCAAGCACCCAGAAAUACAGCAGAAGCUUCGUCGAGAAAUUCACGCCGCCGAGCGGGCUAUUCGCAAUAACGGUCGUACUGAAUCUACAGCCUCAGAUCUUGACUCGAUGCCAUAUCUCUCUGCUGUUGUCAAGGAAACGUUGCGGUAUCACGCCGUGGUGUACAAUGUUUUCAGGGUUUCCAGUCAAGACGACGUUCUCCCACUAAACAAUCCGAUUACUACAACGUCCGGAAAAGUUCUCCACGAGUUGCCUAUACCAAAAGGCCUGCAGAUCAUUUCCUCUGUUGCGGCAUACAAUAGGGUUUGUCUUUGGCGUCAUGCUGAGAACAAAGAAAUAUUCGGUGACGACGCCGAUGUGUUCAAUCCCGAGCGGUGGCUCCGCGAGUCCGUCCCCAAAACGACUGCGUCAUUGGGCGUAUACGGGAGCUUGUUCACGUUCGCUGGUGGUGCAAGGUCCUGCAUCGGCUGGAGAUUUGCCGUACUGGAGAUGCACAUGUUCUUGAUCCAACUAGUGGGAAACUUCGAGUUCUCGCUAGCUGAGGAUAAGGAUAUUCGCCGAGAAGCUACGUUCGUUAUGACUCCUAAGACGGAGGGCGAGAUCGAGAAAGGUUCUUUGUUGCGCCUGAAGAUCAAGGUCGCUCAGAAGGAGGAAUGA